AUGUCUGGAUCCGCCCAGCUGCGUGAAACUAAUUUUUUACUUAUCUUAGUGUUUGCUGCAAGAGAUGUUGACAGAUACCAAAGUAGCAAAACUGGAGAUUCUCAAGAGGGCAACCCAUUACUAAAAUACCUUACAAUGAAAAUAAAAGCAACAGGCCCUAUUACUGUUGCAGAAUAUAUGAGGGAAGUUUUAACAAAUCCAUUGAAGGGUUAUUAUAUGCAUCAGAACAUGCUGGGAGAACAUGGAGAUUUUGUUACAUCCCCUGAAAUAAGUCAAAUAUUUGGAGAGCUGAUUGGGAUAUGGUGUAUUAAUGAAUGGAUAUCCGGAGGCAAAUCAAAAUCUCUUAAUUUAGUGGAAUUUGGUCCUGGAAGAGGCUCACUAAUGGAUGACAUUUUAAGAGUUUUUAGUCAGUUUCAGAAUCUACUAAAUACAUGUGAUAUCUCAAUACAUCUAGUAGAAGUGAGUCCAAAAUUAAGUGAAAUCCAAGCACUUAAUUUAACAGGAAAGAGCACUAUGGCAAAACAUGAAGAUAAACCAAGUUAUAAAACUGGAAUAACAAAGACAGGUCUUCCAAUUAACUGGUACUAUAACAUAGAAGAUGUACCCUCAGGUUAUACAUUUUACAUAGCACAUGAAUUUUUUGAUGCUUUGCCCAUACAUAAAUUACAGAAAAUCCAAGAUAAAUGGAAAGAAAUACUAGUUGAUGUUGAUCCAGAGAAUCCACAAAAAUUAAGAUUUGUUCUUGGUUCUGGCUGUUCUCUUAUUGCAAGAACAUUUGUUCAGCCUGAUGAAAAUAGGAAUCAUGUGGAGGUUUGUCCUGAAGCUGCUGUAAUUAUUCAGAAGCUUGUAAGCCAGUUAAAAAUAUAUGGAGGAGCUGCUCUCAUAGCCGACUAUGGACAUUCGGGAGACAAGGAAGAUACAUUCAGAGGAUUCCGGUCUCACCAAUUACACAACGUGCUGUUAGAUCCAGGAACAGCAGACCUUACAGCUGACGUUGACUUUAACUUUUUGAAAAACAUGACUGCAAACAAAGUGAGCUUUUUAGGUCCUAUCACACAACACGAAUUCUUGAGAAAUAUGGGAAUUGAUUUUCGGUUAAAGGUCCUUAUGGAAAAUGCUAAAGAUGCUGCUACACAGCAACAUUUGAUAGCGAGCUAUGAUGUUCUUAUGAAUCCAAAUAAAAUGGGAAAACGGUUCCAUUUUUUUUCUCUCUUUCCCCACAGUAGACUGGAGCAAGCUUCUAAACUUAAAUACCCCAUAGCUGGAUUUACCAAAUUAGAAAUGAGCUGAUCUGGAUAUGUUGAUUUCAUUGUACUGUGUUUUUGUUCAUU